UCUCCAAAACCUCUCGCCAACAUAUCAACAUGCAAGUCAUGAAAUCUCUCACUCAAGUCGACCCAACACCGCUCCAACAGCCACAACCACCCUCUUCCUCACUCUCCCUAGGGCUCAACGUCAUGAGACCCUAUGAGAUGGUGCACCACUUGGUCUCAUGCAACGCCGUCGUCGUCUUCAGCGUCACCGACUGCUGCAUGUCAACUGUCGCCAAGCGCCUCCUCUUCAGCCUCGGCGUCGGCCCCAUUGUCGUGGAGCUUGAUGAACAGGCCAACGGUGCUGGAAUCCGGUCUGUCCUCCACCAGCUUGCUGGGGUCCAGCAGCCUGUUCCUGCUGUCUUCAUUGGUGGGAAGUUUGUGGGUGGGGUGCAAACCCUCAUGGCCAGCCACAUAAAUGGCACCCUGGUUCCACUCCUCAAAGAAGCUGGAGCUUUAUGGCUUUGA